UUGCUUUAAGAGGACUCCAUAAGUGCCUCGGCGAAGGUCACAUUGGAGUGCUGUGUUUUUAUUUCCCCACAGCAGGCAGCAAGUUAAAACACGACGCUGCCAAGCGUAACACUCUGUAUUUUUAUUUUAUUUGGUGAGCUGGAUAAUAAUUGCCUUGAGUCAGUGUGAAAAGCUUUACUGUGGGUUACUAUGGCGCGGAGUUAUAAAAUGGGACGCAGAAUGAAAACAUAUGACAUCAUCAGGACAGAGUGGUGGCGACGCGACAGGCUUCCUUAUUUACCCGAAGACUUGAUAAUGUUGCACGUAUCCACGCCUUCCUGUUCGCUUUUGAAACUAUCGAUGAGUACUGAUUAUCGUCGGAACACUGCGUCUGUCUGCCUGUGUCAAUAGCAGAAAGACAGUCAUAGGGUUUUGGAAUGACAUGAGUUGAGUAAAUGAUGAAAAUCAUGAGGAUUUUUGGGUCCUAAAGGUCGUAUUUUCUCCUGUGGUGUCUGUGUGGAGCGUGCCACACACCCACUCCACAACAACGACGGCUUUUGCUUGCAUCUUCCAGUGUUUCUUCUGUCAGCAAGUUCAGCAAAGCUGCAACUCGUCUAGUGCCAGCCCAGAAGAACCCAGUGAAGAGAACCACGACUGUGAGAUGGUCAAGAUGACAAAGUCAAAGACUUUCCAGGCCUACCUGCCCAACUGUCACCGAACCUACAGCUGCAUCCACUGCCGGGCACAUCUCGCCAAUCACGAUGAGCUCAUCUCAAAGUCAUUCCAAGGCAGCCAGGGACGAGCCUACCUCUUUAAUUCAGUUGUGAACGUCGGUUGUGGUCCAGCGGAGGAGAGGGUUCUCCUAACAGGUUUACAUGCUGUGGCAGACAUCUACUGUGAAAAUUGUAAAACCACUCUGGGCUGGAAAUACGAGCAUGCAUUUGAGAGCAGUCAGAAAUACAAAGAAGGCAAAUUCAUCAUCGAGCUUGCUCAUAUGAUCAAAGAUAAUGGCUGGGAGUGACCUUGGCCUACUUCCUCUCUCUGCUCAGUGACCUUUGGGCUGCUCUGUUGUGGACUUUGCCGAGUGACACCACCACACGCACACGUACACAAAUGAAAAUAAAACGCACAGACACGAGCGCGCGCACACACACGCCAACGUCAACCAUGACACAUCUAGACUGGGUCAUCACAAAACUCAAAGGCAGAGUGGCGGAAAGCGUAUCAAAGACAUCUACGGUCACUGAAAGACUCUUGGACCUUUUCGGAGAUGUACAUGUCAACACUUUGGGAUCCGAACCUUCUCCCUUCCUGUUGGACUCCCCAAUGACUGGUUUCGGUGUGCUCGGCCCUCCUCGCAAACUGUUAACAGUAUCCAGAAGACAGUUUCACGUUUUUCGUUUAACAUCCCCCGCUGUUUCUGUGAAUAAGCGGGAGGUGUGCGCUCUAGUGUGUAUACUUUCUUUUCGACGGGAAUCUGGAGUCCUCCCUGGUGGACUGAUGUUACUGGUUAGCAUUUUUCUCCUUCUCUGAGUCCGACCCGUUCUGAUUGUCUUUCGGUUCUCGUUGGGGCGGCGACCGACGCGACUGACAUGCGUUAGAGGCUAUGUAGCAGUAUAUUUUGGAUGGGGUGGGCGUUCAGCAUUGCAGUGGCAUAGCAUUGUUUGUAUUUAUGAUCUCCCUUGCGUUUUAACCAUUUUAAUUCCGAAUCGAAAUGUUGUUUUUUUUUCUUCCUCGGAUGACUUCACUGUGCAAUUCGCGGGACACUCUGGUACAACAGUAGCGUCUGACCCCUACAGGAGCUUUAGUUGCCUCUGGUGCUUUUGGUGAGAUUACACAAACACGCGUCUUUGAGUUGGCAUUUGUGGCAGGUUCCAUUUUUGCUAUAGGCGAGAGAAAGCUACAGCCGUUUGGAUGCACUGGACAUUUGGGGAAAACUGAAACUAGUGUCCUCCUCGGAACAAUGUUUGCAUUACGUUUUCAUCCCCCUUCACGCCAAAUGAUUUUACAAAACUGUUGUUGAUAUUACAAUCAUGUGUAUGUUCAUUGCUAUGUGUGAUUUAUGUGUUCAACCACAUGUUAGGACAUGCACACGCAUGUUAGCUCUGUGUGUUUUACGCAUUAUGUUUAUGGCAUACUUGAAUGCAGUUACUUUGUUUGCACUUUGCAGAGGCCUUGUUCAUGGGUUUAGAGGCAAAAGUCUGUCCAUUGAAUGGCCUUUUUUCAUUGAUAAUAAUCGAAUGAUUGUAUGAGAUGCUUUGAAUGAUUUGCAGGGUUGGGUGGUUGCUGGCUUGAUCAUCUCCCUCUCGUUUCAAACACACAAAAUCUGCUGCUUUCGCUUUCUUCCACAGGCCGGCAGACCUGUUCGCUACGCUCGUAAUUCGUUCGAUUUCAGAAACAGGUCCCAAAUUUAACAAUCAGAAAGUGGCGUUACGUGAUUCUUUUGCUGCUAAUAGAGAUAAAUGCAAUCCAGAGCUUUCACUUUUGAACCUUCUGCACUUUACCCGGACUGUCUGAGAGCAUGCGAGCCCAUGCGUUCCUUUUGUAGCUUUUCUCCACGUCUUUGCCUCUAAGCAGCAUGAAUCUUGUGCCUCUUCAAAAGAUUAAAAAAAGAAAUCUCCCUCUCCUGUUGUUGUGCGGCGCAUGACUCCGAGAACCCAGCACAUCUACUAGAAGCAGGAACUCGAAAAACGACACGAACUUGGAAACGAACGUCACAGAAUCUCUAUCCACUCGAAGCGUUAUAUAACCCAGUAUUUUGUCAUAGUUCUAUGUCGAAGCUAGAGAUGUUAUGAAACAGUGGUUGUAUCCUGCAAAGUAUAUAAAAGCGGGCGGGGUGGUUAGAGCGGGAGGGGGCGGAGCUUACUCCCUAUAGCGGUAAAGAGGGGAAUUAAAUGUAGAUUUCUAUCAAGUAUAACUAUAUAUAAUGAAUGAUAUGAAUAAAUAUCGAGGUUUUGUCGUGCUUAUGGGCGGGUGGGACGGCGGGCAAUAGUAGAACGAGUGGCGAACCCUCAGUCGGAGUUCGUCACCGAUAAGGUCAGUCAGGUCACGUGACCUUUGAAUCAGUCAAAGACAAUGCAAACAAAAUAGUUGUAGAUAUAUCUUACUUGAAAGAUGAUGAUACAGAGUUACAGACAAUACAUUGUCCCUCUCACACAGUUUUGUACAUAAAGUAACAUAUUUAAGGUUUUAUACAUAUUUCUACUGGGUUAGUUUCUCUACUUCCCCGACUUGAAGCACUUUUGUUCACUGUACCUUUGGCUUUAUAUGUGUGUGUGUGAAUGCGACUGUGAAUGAUGUGUGUGUGGAUGCAUGUAUGCGUGUUCCUUUACUUUCCUCACUUUAUUUGUAGCUGUUUUUGCUGUUGUUCACUAGUUCCUCUGUGCUGUUUCCUUUAUCACAUUUCUUUUUGCUGUCUCACAGCGUGUUUUGAUGUGAGCUCUCUUAGCUUGAUGAUAAUAAGCUUUGUUUUUUUAUAUAUAUUAAAGUUGGUUUUCAUCCUUCGAUAGUUUCCUGUUGAGAGCCUAAUAGCAGAAAGUCUGCUGGUCGUGUUUUAGCAUCAUGGUCAGCGGUGAGCUGGAUUCACCUGCCCAAAUUUCACAAUAGAAAAUUUAACAAAAAACAGCUUUCCCUAAGACUUUCAAAAUCAGAACUAGAUCCAAGCCAGUGUCACACUUUCAGUGUGCAGUCUCUGCACCAAAAAUUAUGAAACUUUUCAACAGCAAGUGUUGUUUUUAACAUAUAGUACCAAUCUGGAAACUGAAUCACUUGGUCAAACCAAAAAGUGAGUUUGUGGCCUCUCUGAAUACCAAGUGGGAAAUUAAUAUUUGUGAGGGUUUUUUAAAUUGUUAUUUGUCUUUUACAGCAACAUAUUGAGGUGUUGGCGGUAAAAAAGAUUGUUUACUUCCCUUUUUUGCUGUUUCUUUUGGUGACACUGGUUUUUAAACAUUUCUGUUAAUUUGAGACGACAUCUAGUUUAGGCGACGAUUGUAUAAGUUUGCAGAGUUCUUUUCUUAGGACUGUUAAAAUAUAAGGUCUAAAGCAUGUUGUGUUUAUAAUGGCUAUAUUAAGUCGUGCCUGGUUUUCUUUCUUUUUUUUUUUUUUCUUCAAUGCAAAAAAAAAGCUUUUUUCUUCUUUUUACUUGAUUACAUUAGUUUGCAUUCUGUCCUAGUAAAGAAAAGUCACAUUUGUCUGUUUUCACUGUAUUGUAGACUAUCCGAUAUCACAAUAAAGCUUUAAUGGUAUUGUGGA